GCCUACAAUAAUAAAAGUAAAAAACAUUGUACAAUAUUUUAAAAAAAGUUCGCAUGUCUUGGCAAAAUUAAAUGAUUUUCAAAAACAAAUUGGUUUAUUUAAAACUCAAACAAGACUGCCCAAAAUGUUGGAAUUGACAUGAUAAAUCGAAUAGUUGAAAUCAAAGAACCAAUUAUUGCUACUCUAGCAGUUUUAGGUAGUUCAGAGUUAAACUGUUUAUGUACAGAAAAUUGGAUUAUAUUGGAAAACGCCCGGGACAUUUUGAAAAUAUUUUAUGAAGUUACUACAGAUAUAAGUGCUGAAAAAUAUGUUAUGUUAUCAAAAGAAAUAAUUUUUAUUAAAAUAUUAUAUAAAUUUAUUUUAAAUUACAUUAAUAUAAAUACAUUACCAAAAGAAAUCAAUUCAAUGGCUAUGAUGAUAAAGAGCGUGUUGUUUUCAAGAUUUGGUGAAAUUGAAGAGAACAUGUUAGUUUCUCAAGCUACUUUAUUGGAUCCAAGGUUCAAAAAAUUUGCGUUCUCCAAUGAAAAUAAUUGUCAUGCUGCAGUUAGUUUUUUAAAGGCCAACGCUCAAAGUAUAAUAAUAGAACCAGAAGAGCCAAUAUCAAAACAUACUGCUACUACAUCUUCAUCUACAAUAAAUUCAAGUUCAGCAAUGUGGAAAGUUUGA